AUGUUUGGAUUUUUUUCAAGUUUAACAAUCCAUCCUUACAAGCGGGACCUUUGUAAUGAGAAUAGUGGAAAUAAAAAUAACGGAUUUUGCAGUUCUGUAACUCAAGCCAAACCAGCAUCAAAAUCAAUUAUCAUGACUUCACCGUCCACGUCGUCGUCUUCAACGUUAACCACACAAGUCUCCAUAACAUCAUCGUUCUCUCAAAGCACCACCGUAAGCGGCGACAAAUUAACCACCGAUCAGAUCUACUAUUAUGGAACGGCAUAUUCAUCGGAGACAACCCAAGUUUCACAAACUUCGACACCAAACGCUACAAAAAAUUUUUCAACGAGCACUCCUUCCAGAUUAAUAUUAUCAAAAAAGAAACGCAAAAUGUCGGCGGGCGCUCCGGUAAUCGAUUACAACUAUCAUUUCGACCACAGUCAAGAUAUUUCAAUCCAAUCACCAUCACCGGCUACGACUCGUAUGCAACGCCUAAAAUUAGGACAAUUUAACCAUAAUAAUGAAAUUUCCGACGCGUAUUCAUCAGAAUCCACAGUUUGGGACAAAUCGGAGAGCCACAUAAUAACCUCGUUUGACCGUAGCAAUGUUAACACGUCAAUCAAUUCCGUUAGCUCUGCUAAAUUUAAUAGAAAAAAUCUUAGCAUACCUAAAAUAUUAAUUGAUCAAAUAGAUGAAGAGGUGUUAAUUGUCAAGGAACCUGUGAAUUGGGAAGAUUGUAUGUUGUAA